AUUUGACGCUCACAGAAAGAGCUGUGCCUUCUCUCGCUUCUUGUCUCUGACACCCUCAAAUCUCCCCUCCAAUCUUUUUCAAACCGAAGCCAUGGACUCGGCAUCCUCCACCGUGGCCGCCUCCUUCACCUCGACGUCGCACGCCUCCCUCGAGGCGGAGUCCAAGUUCCUCACGCGCACUCGCUUCCUCCGCCUCGUCCACCUGGGGCUGGCGAUCCUCAUCUUCUGCGUGGCGAUCCCCACCAUCGCCUGCGAGGCCGUGGCCCUGCACCACUACCGCCAGACCUCGCGCUACAGCCAAGUCUGGCUCUACCUGUGGCCGCUGAACCUCGACCUGCGCCCGGCCAAGGCCCUGCUCGCCUGUGGCAGUGUGAUUGCGUUCCAGACCCUCAUCUACAUCAUCGCUGCCCUUCUUCCAUCGCCCCACUCCCACAUCCGCCGACUAAACCUCCUCGCCGCAGUCACGGCCCUCUCGGGCUUCAUCACGGCUCUCGUGGGGUUCGUGUUCGUGAUCUACCGCCCCGGCGCGAGUGGCCACAACGGGUUCCACGAUACCGAGACCCUCCAUUCUUGGACUUGCAAGUGGAUGGCGUCUUCUGCCAGUAGUAGUAGUAGCAGUAACGUCCCUGCGCAUUUCACCAGGGACUGCGCGGUGACGCAUGCCUCGUUUGUGUUGCUGGGGGUGUUGAUCGGGCUGGAGAUCGUGAUGGGCGUCGUCGCGACGGCGGGACUGUGGCUGGAGCGGAAUGUGUCGCGGCAGCGGGUGACGGAGAAGCCUUCGUUGGAGAUGGUGGGGAUGGUGGAUACCAAGGUUGAUCGGUAUCCGGGGACUUGAGCGGGGUGGGUGUUCGGGUCUUCCUGGAUGUUAGUAAUUGAGCGACGAUUGAUGUUGAUGAUGGAUGAUGAAUGGGGUUACCUCAAGUACGGGUUUUAUAGGGGUGAAUGUAUAGCUUCAUGGUUUUGGGGCCGGGUGGGAUAUAGUAAAUGCUCGUUGGAUGUAGGUAUGUAU